GGAGGUUUUGCGUCACGUAUAUAUACACCUGUGCAAGAUGUACCUGCACCAUUCGCUUUAUUAGGAGAGAAAUGGCCUCAACUGAGGGAAACACCCAGACCUAUAAGAUGUCAUCUUUAGACCCUGAAAUCAACCAACACUUUCAGGAUGCAAUAGAUGUGAUUCAGCAGCAUUCACACAAUGCAUACUACGAUUCAGAUGGCAAAUAUUACGAGACGCUGGGCAGCCAGCCGUCAUCCCUCCAGUUUCAGAUGUCCUGCUGCUUCGUCACGCACCAGUCUGACAUCCCGGCUGCAGGGUACGACUGGAGUGAAACGGCUCAGCAGUCCUGGCCUCAGGUCAUCCCAGAUGUCUCGUUGAGCCACUCAGUGCAGAGCGAUCCUCCGCAUUUCUACUCCAUCUUACCUCCUCCGAGGAAUAACAAAGCCAUCUUCCGGCAGAAGCUCAUGUACGAGUACCUCCAUGAAGCGUGAACACAUGGCGACCCAUACAGAGACAGCAGCAGCGGCCUUGCUUAUCCGAACAAGAAAAUGGCGAGGCUGGGCCAGCGCAAGGGCAACCGCAAAACGAUGACCUACCAGAAGAUGGCAAGAGCCCUGAGGAACUACAGCCGCACCGGCGAGAUUGUCAAAGUGCGGCGCAAGCUCACCUACCAGUUCAACCCGGACAUCCUGCACAGGCUGGGCUCCGCGCAGGUCCCCAUGCACCUGCAGCGCCAACCUGCGCAGAGCGACCUCCACAGCCGGCAGGAGAGCCCGUCCGAGCAAAGCUACCCCGGGUCUGCGGCGACGGACUGGCACGGCUGGUACGGACACUACCAGCUUCAGGAAGACUACGACCUGGCCUCGAGCUUCACCUCACACAGCUCGGCCAAACUGUGAGCCGACACAAACUAUUGUUUUCAUUGUUAAAGGUUUUUUUUUUUUACUCCAGGACUCUUAUCUGCAUGUCGCAACUAAAUAUAAACGAAGCACUGGUAGAAUUAUUUCAGCAGUUUUUGUGUAAAUAACUUGUAAAUACGGUCGACAAAACGAUGUUUAAAUUUAAGACAAAGACUUUGCUUUAUGUAAACUGUUCUCUGGUUGAUAUGUGUCCAUAUUUUUGUUAUAUUGAGUUUUUUCUGUAUAAGCCCAAAGUGUUUUUUUUUUUCUCCAGUUACUUUGGUUAAAUAUGAAGAAACGUUUUAAUGUUUUAUAUAAUUGUGAUGUAAUUUUUUUUUUUGAAAAACUGUUUUGAUAAAUCAGCAAAAUGUUAAACUGUUUAUGUUAUGAAAUAUUUUUGUUUAAUUCCACAGUUAUACUGGUUUCACAGUGGAAGCUACUGUUUAAGUUAUUGAACAUAGUAAAGCACACAUUAUAUUGUUAAUGAGCUUUUUUUAAUUUCCAGAGGCAUUCUGUAAAAUCACUUAACAGAUGCUCAGAUAAAGACGUUAACUAUAAAUCUGCUGCACAGCAUUAAAACUGUUACUGUUAAAAAGUCUAAAUAAGAUUUACACCCAAACUAAUUUGACAUUAUUAAAAC